AUGGGGGUGCAGGUGGUGGUGAGCCUGCUGGCAGCUAGCAUCAUGCAGAAGAUGGCCCCGCACUGCUCCUUCGCUCGCUGGCUGCUCUGCAACGGCAGCCUGCGCCGCUACAAGCACCCCUCGGACGAGGAGCUCUGCGCCCUGGCAGGCAAGCAGCGCCCCAAGGCCAAGCGGGACAGGAGGAUGAACGGCAUGACGGAUGACAAGCCCCUCUCCGUGCCCCGGGACAUCGACCUCCGCCUGGACACCAGCCCUAUCACCGCCGUGGAUGCUCUCGUGCUGCGUUAUUUCCUGGAGUACCAGUGGUUUGUGGAUUUUGCCGUCUACUCCACCGCCGUGUACGUCUUCACCGAGGGCUACUACUGCCUGGCGGAGCCCCAGAAGGAGACGAACAUCGGGGUGCUCUGGUGCCUGCUGACGGUCAUCUUCUCCGUCAAGGUCUUCUUUAUGGUGAUGCGCCAUUACUUUCGCUCGGAGGAGGGGGGCGAGCGCUCCGUCUGCCUCACCUUCGCCUUCUUCUUCCUUCUCCUCGCCAUGGUGGCCCUGGUCAUCCGUGAGGACUACCUGGAGUUUGGCCUCGAGCCCGGGCUGGCCAGCGUCAGCAGCAACCUGGAGAGCAUCCUGAAGCAGCGGGGCUGGGAGUGGACGCUGCCCCUCACCAAGCUGGCCUUCAAGCUGGGGCUGGUGGCCCUGUGCUCCUUCCUGGGCGCCUGCCUGACCUUCCCGGGGCUGCGCCUGGCCCAGACGCACCUCGACGCUCUCCGGAUGGCGGCCGACAAGCCCCUGACCCAGGUCCUGCUCCACGUGAGUUUCCUGGCGCCCGUCCUCGUGGUGGUGAUGUGGAUCAAGCCCAUCUCACGGGAUUUCCUGCUCCACGCGCCCAUGGGCAAGCAGACGGUGCAGAUCAUGUCGGACUCUGCCUACAACACUGCGCGCCUCUGGACCAUCGUCGGCCUCUGCCUGUUGCGCCUGGCCGUCACCCGCCACCACCUCCAGGCGUACCUGGGCCUGGCCGAGCGCUGGGUGGAGCAGAUGAGGAAGGAAGCUGGGCGCAUCGCCGUCCUGGAGAUCCAGCGCAAGAUCACGAGGAUUUACUGCUACGUCUCCGUGGUCAGCCUGCAGUACCUGGGACCCGUCAUCCUCACCCUCCACUGCACGCUGCUCCUCAAGACGCUGGGGCACCACUCGUGGGGGCUGUACCCGGAGCCCCCUCCCCUCCCUCCGGCAGCGACCGCAGCACCGCCGCAUCCCGGCGGCAAGGACGGAGAGGACGUGCGUGCCGCGGUGGAGCAGAUCACAGGCGUCUUGGGUGGCAUCUUCACCCCCCUUUUCUUCCGCGGACUCUUUGCCUUCCUCACCUGGUGGGUGGCCGCCUGCCAGGUCGUCACCAGCCUCUUCGGCCUCUACUUCCACCAGUACCUGGCAGCCUCCUGA